CCCCAAUAGUAGUUAGUUUAGACACCACUUGGUGGCUCCCACAUCUACGUCGCGAUCGUGAAUUAAAAUAACGCGAAUUAAAAUAAUAGUUCGAAGGAUGGAAUUUGUCUAGAAGUGAUGGUGAAGAAUUGGUGAAAAAAUGACUAAAAAAAUGUUUUAAAAAGUUGAUGAAGUACUUGAACAAUUGUGGUACUUCUUUCCAUCUUUGACAAUGGUGGAAAGGACAGAAGAGGAGGGGAUUCCCCCGGACGUAUCGAAGACUGUUCUUGAAGUUCUUGGGAAUUAUUCUGACGUGAACAGCAGUCGUGAGGCUACGAAUGUUGACGAGCUGAUGCCGAUGGUAAGAAGGUCUUUGCGCGGAUACAAAAACCGCGACAGUUCUUCAAUUUUGAACGACGAUGACGGCCCCAGGCCGCAUCCUGGCAGACUAUCGAGAUCGCUGAUCAAAGCAUCAGUCAAGCGAAAGAGGAUUGACGACGGUGGUGGGGGUGUUGAGGGUCCUGAUGAGGUUCUGAAGAGGAUUGGGGUCCCCAGGAGCAGGAGGAGUUCUGUGUUCGGUGGGAAGAAGUCUGUGGGGGCAGGAGAAUCCUCCUCGGAGGGAGGGGAUCGGACCAGGGGGGGCGAUGGGGCUGGAGGUGGGCCUGGGGGGGAUCCUCUGGGGAUGACUUCCCCGAGAGCAGGCGCAGGGAGGCGUCCUUCGGCCGAUGAGAAGCUGAUCGUGACCCCGGCGAAGGCCAGGGGGUUCUCCAUCAACUCGGAUGUGGAGUACGAGAGGGUCUGUGAGUCUGUCAACAGCCAGGACGACUUCUCCUUCGAGGGGGUGCCCUUCUUCAACAACUUCGAUGUUAUCAAUGAGAUUCUGGAUGACAAGGUGAUGGCCAGUCUCCUCGAAGACGACAAGCCCAGAGACAGCCCGUACGACGUCAAUAAUCAGGAGAAUUCUCACAAUAAUGACGACGAUGACGAACCCCACGAAGAAGAAGAAGAAGACGAAGAAGAAAAUGCCUCCCCCGAAGCCCCGCGAAGGUCCUCGCGUCCGAGACCCCAGGAAUACCUGGACCUGGAGGACUCAGAACUCGAGGAAAUUCUGGAGGAGCCCACGGAGGAGCCCCUCCCCGCCGCGGUGAUCCUCAAACUCCGGAAGAUAACCGUAAAACUGGAGCACCCAGUGCCGCCCCAGCACGAGAUAGAGCAGGGUACAAUCCGCAGAGGCCCAAACCCCGAAGAGAGGCUCCAGUUCCAGAAGUACUGCACCCUGAAGGAGGGCAGAUUCUCCCCCGAGGAGAACAAAAUCCUCAAGAACAACUGGAAACGAUUCUGCGAGGUGCACGACCUGGACAUCCCCCAGACCCACUUCUUCAAGUGCAAAUACCAGGGGAGGAUGUACAUAGAGAGUGUCGAGGAGAGGAGGAACUUCAUCAAGUUCCUGGCCCGCGGAUUGCCCUGGAGGACGCUGCGAGCUGUCUACGUCAGGUUCAAAAUGAUGUUCGGGUUUAGAAGGCAAGCCAAGUCCAAGAGGUACACUGAGCAGGACGACGAGAAGAUCGUGAGGUACAUGGAGUGCAAACCCCCCCUGAGGAAGUCGCAGGUGUUGUCCAGGUUGCUGGGGAGGCCCUACGCGUCGAUCUACCAGAGGUACCUCCAGCUGAGGAGGCGGAGGGAGGGGAAUCCCCCCAGGAGGAGGGUCACGUGGACUCUGGGGCUGAUGGAGGAGUUCCUGAAGAAUCUCCUGGACGUGACAAUCAGUGAGGACGUCAGGGACCUCAAGGACGCGAUGAUUCCGAAGGUCGUUUGGCUGAAACUCGAGGAGCUCAUGAACAUCGAGUUCAGUGUGCUGAAGAACUUCUGGAUGAUGCAGCUGCAUGGGCAACUCUUCUUCCCGAGGACCAUUUAUUUCAACGAGAUUAAGAUCAUGCUGAUUGAGUAUCUUUAUGGGAGGGGCAUCACGGACGUCGAGGAGCUCGAGUGGGCGAGGGUCGGCAGGUGCUUCGAUGGGUUGACAACGCAAUUCCUGAGGAAGAUGUGUCCCAGGGUCAUGAAGACAGGGAGGACCAGGUCCAUGGGGGAUCUCGUUGAGAGGCUCUAUGAGGAGAAGAUUCCCAUUUUGAAGGUCGUGAAGGAGGACAGCUACUUGCCGAGGGUCAAGUGGGAGGCGGGGAGGCUGAGGGUUGUUGAUGAAUUUGGGGAUGGAAUUUCGUAAUUUUUUCCACAAUUUUUCCAAUUGCCUCAUCUGUCCUCUUCCCCAUUGAUUAAUCUGAAGAAUUGUCCAUAAAUACGCUCCUUCGAUUUAUUCUCGAUUAUUACCUCUUCAAAUGCAACAAUAUUCGCUACAAAAGGGCUAUUUUUGCACAAUGGAAUCGUCUGAGGUAUUCAAAAAUAUGAAUAAUUAAAAAUGAUGUCAAUUAUAAUUAGUCAAUUAUUGCAUUAAAAAAUCGCAACAAUGUGAUUCCACUGGGAUAUCCUGAAUUAAUUGAAAAAUCCUUUAUUCUCGACACCCUUACAAUGUUGAAGGACUUGGGGGAUAAAAUAAUCCUGUGUAAAUGCAUUGUAAAUUUAUUAUCGUUAUUUUAUAACCCUCGAUUAAAUAAUUUAGUUAACAGUCGACUUCUUGGAUUCUUUUUCAAUGGCCCGUUCCUUGGCCUUCUGGUACAGGGGGACGAGCUUGCCUUCCUUGGCGAGUAGUUUGAGCAGUUCCAUGAUAAGGGGGAGGUAGUUGUGCUUUCUCCUGAUGUUCUCGAUCUUGUAUCUCUGGGAUUUGUUGUUCUCCUCUUCUAUCAGGGAUUGGAGACGCGCUAUUUCCACUGGAUCUGUGCAAUUUGACUUUUUUCUCUCGUACAGCAUCUUCCGGUCGGAUACUAUGGCCAUCAAGUUGAAGUGAAUUUCUCCCUCGUUGUAUCUGGGUGAAUGAUCAAUAUUUUUAUUUAUUUAUGAGUUUGGGGGUGAAUCAGAUCGAGAGCAAUUGGGAUUAUUGUCGAUACACAAAGUUUAGGGGACUUUAAAGCAGCUCUACCCUUCGGCCGGGCUACGCUGUACUUUUGGAUAUUUUCAGUUUUUAAUUUUUCAAUUAAAUUGCAUGGAAAAAAUUUGAACAAAUUUAUACCCAGUCAGUAUUAUCUUAAUUAAAUUUCGCAGGAUACUGAUAUUUUUGCAAACAUUUCCCUCUUAUAAGAAAAUAAUAAAGCUUGUUUGCAAAACGGUGGAUUAUUUUUCAUGAGGUGUCAAAAAAAUCUUGAUUUUUUCACAUUGUUAGAAAUCCAACCCACAUUUCUAUAAGAAUCGAUUCGAAUUAGCCAAAACUAACAAAUAUGGUCGGUUCCGAACUUGACCGAGGGGCCGACUGGCGAACGCUAUCAAAUCUGAAAAGUCAGUAAUAAAUCGUACUCGUAACUGAACCCACGUCGUUCGUUAUCAUCAAAAUCACGCAGAAAGUCAGCACGGAAAUCAACAACUAUUACCGAACGUUAUCAUCUGAAAUAAACAUACAGUCCACUAAAUAAUCGAAGCUCAACAA